UACGCACCAUGACCUACAAUAAAACUCUGAACUCUGUUCUUACUUCGAAUCAUUUGAUAGUUGUAACAUUCUGGAUUCACAUUCAUAUCAGAUAUAUUUAUUGAAAAUAUAAAUGGAUGAUAAAGACGAGAACGGACACACUGUAAAAUACUACCGAUUGUCGGAAAUCGAGGAACGAAAUACAUUCAAGAGUACAUGGAUUAUAAUCAACCAUAAAGUCUACGAUGUCACCACAUUUUUGGAGGAGCACCCAGGUGGAGAGGAGGUCUUGAGAGAGCAGGCCGGCGGCGAUGCCACAGAGAGCUUUGAAGAUGUCGGACACUCCUUAGAUGCCAGGGAGAUGGCUGCCAACAUGGUCAUUGGUGAACUGCAUCCAGAUGACCGACUGAAGAUUGACAAACCUUCAGAACCACUCAAGGAAACCUCUAGUUGGUGGACAAACUGGUUGAUCCCUGGUUUGGCUGCGGCUGUCGUCACUGUGAUGUACCAAAUGUACACAUCGGAGAAGUGACUGCGCCAUCCGUUCGUCACCUUUGCAAAUCAAAUGUCAAUCAAUAUAACUGGCUUCAGAAUGACAGCUACAGAGCCUGCGUUUGAUCCCUGAGAAACCAUCGCUGCCUUUUGGGAUUUGUACACCUCAUAUGCAGUACUAUAGUACACAGGAUUGAUUUAAUGUUUUUCAUCCAAUCGCUCGGCAUCAUGUCAAUGAAGGCAUAUUAUUGUGUUAACCUUCAUUUUCCUCUCCUGAUUUACAUAUUGAUAUAUACAGUCGUGAAAAAGUAAGUACACCGCCUGGAUUUUUAAAAUAUAUUUUUUAACAUAUAUGGACAAAUGGAUAUGUAAUCUUCACUUUAACACUAUUGACAGAUAAAGGUAACCUAGUUUAACCAAUGACACUGAAUGAUUACUUUGCAAUCAUUUAUUCAUAAAAAUGUACAGAAAUGCAAUUCCAGUGCUGAAAAAACAAGUACACCCCUAGCUUCAAUAGCUGGUGUUGCCCCCUUUUGGCUGAAAUAAUGUAGUCAUUUUUUUGUAACUGUCUAUCAGUCUCUUACAUCGACUGGGAAUCUUUUUUGCACACUCGUCUUUACAGUACUGCUUCAACUGUGCCAUGUUCGAGGGCUUUAUUGCAUGCACGGCCUGCUUCAAGUCCCCCCACAGCAUUUCGACAGAAUUGAGAUCUGAGCCUUGACUCAGCCAUUCCAUAAUUAGCCCCAAACCAUAAUGCUACCAAACCCAUGCUUUACAGUCGGUAAGAGGUUCUUCUGUUCAAAGGCAGUGUUUCAUUUUCGUCAAACAUAGUUUCUGGCAUUGCAACUCCAACUUUGACUCAUCUUUCCAGAGCACAUUGUUCAAGUAGUUUUGGUCUUUACCCAAGUGUUGUCUGGCAAAUGUCAGUCGUGUCUUGAUUUUCUUUUUUGAGAGAAGAGGCUUCUUUCUUCCUGACCUCCCAUGUAGACCAAGUUUGUGCACUGACAGUUGACUCAUGCACUUCGACAUUAAUCGUGGCAAGAGAGGCCUGUAAGAUCCCUUGACGUUACCUUGGGGAUCUUAGAGACUUCUAUGAGCAUAUUUCGGUCAGUUCUUGGGCUGAAUUGGUUAAGACCAAACCAGACCAAGUUUCUAAUCUUUUUGGAAGGCUGGACCCACCCAAGUUACACUCUAAUGAUUUUCUAAUAAUUUCCACCGGUUCUGGUGCACCUGAUUCAAAUUUUAGCAAUUUUAUGUGAUGGUAAAGGUAGGGGUGCACAAUCUUUUCCGCAUAAGGAAAUUUGAUUUUUGUUUAUUUUAAUUGCAUAACAUAUUCAAAGUGUUAAUUUUAUGUGAUUUGUUAGAUUGGGUUACCUUUAUCAAUGAAUGUAGUUGGAUUUUAGCUCAAAUAGCCAUAUUUACAUUACCAGUCAAAGGUUUGGACACACCUACUCAUUCUUCAUUUUUACUAUUUUCUACAUUGUAGAAUAAUAGUGAAGACAUCAAAACUAUGGAAUCAUGUAGUAACCAAAAAAGUGUUAAACAAAUCAAAAUACAUUUUAGAUUCUUCAAAGUAGCCACCCUUUGCCUUGAUGACAGCUUUGCACACUCUUGGCAUUCUCUCAACCAGCUUCACCUGGAAUGCUUUUCUAACAGUAUUGAAGGAGUUCCCACAUGCUGAGCACUUGUUCGCUGCUUUUCCUUCACUUUGCAGUCCAACUCAUCCCAAACCACCUCCAUUGGGUUGAGGUCGGGGGAUUGUGGAGGCCAGGUCAUCUGAUGCAGCACUCCAUCACUCUCCUUCUUUGUUAUAUAACCCUUACACAGCCUGGAGUUGUGUUGGGUCAUUGUCCUGUUGAAAAACAAAUUAUAGUCCCAUUAAGCGCAAACCAGAUGGGAUGGCGUAUCACUUGCAGAAUUCUGUGGUAGCCAUGCUGGUUAAGUGUACCUUGAAUUAUAAAUAAAUCACUGACCGUGUAACCAGCAAAGCACCAUCACACCUUCUCUAUGCUUCACGGUGGGAACCACAAAUGCGGAGAUCAUCCGUUCACCUACUGUGCGUCUCACAAAGACACGGAGGUUGGAACCAAACAUGUCAAAUUUGGACUCAUCAGACCGAUGGACAGAUUUCCACCGAUCUAUUGGCCAUUGCUCGUGUUUCUUGGCCAAAGCAAGUCUCUUCUUAUUGGUGUCCUUUAGUAGUGGUUUCUUUGCAGAAAUUUGACCUGAAGGCCUGAUUCACGCAGUCUCCUCUGAACAGUUGAUGUUGUGAUGUGUCUGUUACUUGAAUUCUGAAGCAUUUAUUUGGGCUGCAAUUUCUGAGGCUGUAACUCUAAUGAACUUAUGCUCAGCAGAGGUAAAUCUUGGUCUUCCAUUCCAGUGGUGAUCCUCAUGAGAGCCAGUUUCAUCAUAGCGCUUGAUAGUUUUUGCGACUGCACUUGAAGAAACCUUAAAAGUUAUUGACAUUUUCUCUUGACAUUUUCCAGAUUGCCUGACCUUCAUGUCUUAAAGUGAUGGUGGACUGUCAUUUCUCUUUGCUUAUUUGAGCUGUUCUUGCCAUAAUAUCGACUUGGUCUUUUACCAAAUAAGCCUAACUUCUGUAUACCACCCCUACCUUGUCACAACACUGAUUGGCUCAAAUUCAUUAAGGAAAUAUAUAUAUAUUUUUUUACUUUUAACAAGGCACACCUGUUAAUUUAAACGCAUUAUAGGUGACUACCUCAUGAAGCUGGUUGAGAGAAUGCCAAGAUUGUGCAAAGCUGUCAAGGCAAAGGGUGGCUACUUUGAAGAAUCUGAAAUAUAACCUAUAUUUUCAUUUGUUUAACCCUUUUUUGGGGGUUACUACAUAAUUCCAUAUGUGUAAUUUCAUAGUUUUGAUGUCUUCACUAUUAUUCUACAAUGUAGAAAAUAGUAAAAAUAAAUAAAAACCCUGGCAUGAGUAGGUCUGUCCAAAACUUUUGACUGGUUAUGUAUGUAUUUUUUAAGACCACUUUCCAGGGGUUAUACUUACUUUUUCACAUGACUGUGUAUAUAUAAAUAAAAUACUUAUUUACAUAUGGAGAUUUUAGUCAUGUAGAUUCAUGUAUUGAGAAUGUAAAAUUGAAAUACAGGUAACUGCCAAAAUAAAGGAAAAAAACAA